UCACAUUAAUCUAUGCUGUGAAGCUAGGCACAUAAAUUAAUCAUAUUUGGUCUAUUUAUGCGGCGUAGAUAACUUUGCAGAGUAUACAACUUUUAUAAACAUUGGAGAUGUAUUCUUCAUAUUUUUGAAGUCAUAAUGUCAUCUGAAACAAAUCAUAUAUUUGAUACUCUCAAAGUACUUCAUUUACCAUCUUAUCUUUCUGAUCAGCGACGAAAUGAAUUAUUUCAAAAAUAUGGUGCUAUAAAAACACGUACGUUACGGCCUUCUAGUAAAUAUACUAUAACUUUUGUAAAGUUUCCAUCACAUAAUGCAGCAAAUGAAGCACUUUUACGUUUACAUCAAAUAAAAGUCAGAGGACAGUACUUAUCAGUAGAAUUUGCUAAAAAAUCUAUGCCAAUACAAUUUUCUGAAAAUGAAAUUCAUUAUGGAGAUAUUAUGAAGGAUGAAAUACAUAAAGAAACAGUUAAUAAAUCUCAUUUUCAAGCUUUUUUAAAACGGUUGUAUGGAGGAUCAAUGAAUCAAAUUUUUACACAGCCACCUCCACCAAAUAUAAAAUAUAAAUAUGCACCACCAACAAAAAACACUUUGUUAAGAAUAAUUAUACAAUUAUUGAAAGAACCAGCUUUUUAUACUCAGGUGUUACAUUUAAUGAAUAGAAUGAAUUUACCUCCACCAUUUGAAGAACUAGAAGCAGAAUUUCCCAUAUUAAAAGAAAUUUAUGAUAUUGAGAAAUAUAAAGAUAUUUUAGGCGAUGAUAUAUUUGAAUCAGUAAAAGGGAAAGGUUUUUCACAAAAUGAUAAAAAAGAAAAAGAAACUGAUGAAGAAUCUGAAAUAGAAUCUGAUGAAGAUACUAAUGUUAAAUCCUUACAAAAUGUACCUAUAAAAAGGAAAUGUCUACAAUCUAAAAAACGAUUAAAAAUUCCUAAAUUUAUUAAUCCUGCAAAACAGCCAACAGCACCUACUUCUAUUCAAAAAACAAUCAGACCAGAAGACAUGUUUGAGUCUGUACAGCUUGGUGAAUCUAAAAGUUUAAAAAUUGAAUUGAAAACCGUUGACAAAUUAUUAGAAGGAGUGGAUGUUUUAUCUGAACAUAAACUUGAUAAUAUUCGAGAAACACAAAGUGGAUUUGGAUUAAUGUUUCCUACCAAGAAUGUCGAACAUGCAAAACAAAAUAUAAAACAUUCUUGUGAAGAAUCUCUUGAAAAAUCUUCUGAGCAACCACUUGAAAAACCUUCUGAUUUUAUUACAAAAGAAGAAUUAGCAUCAAAUAGAAUGUCAAUUAAUGAUCAAAGACUUCUUCCUGUUUUCAAAAAUUAUCAUGCUGGAAAACCAACAAAUCGAUUGUAUAUAAAAAAUCUUGCAAAACAAGUUGAAGCAAAUGAUUUGCACUAUAUUUACAAGAAAUAUGUAAUACCAGGAUUACCAAAUACUGAACAUGAGUAUAAUGUUCGUCUCAUGCAAGAAGGUAGGAUGAAAGGUCAAGCAUUUGUUACAUUACAAAAUACAGCUCAAGCACAGUUGGCUGUACAAGAAACUAAUGGUUAUAUCUUAAAAGAGAAGCCUAUGGUUGUACAGUAUGCUAAAGUAUCAAAUAGCUAAUAUAUACCAUACAUAUAUCUCA